UGAGCCGUGACAUGACAUUUCCAACAUAGUGGUCAAAUGACGUAAUCGUAGAAACACGACGUCAAAGUUGACGCCAAAAUUACCACGUUUUUUUUUUAAAUUAUAUAUCGCGCGUGUUUUCAAUCAGCGCUGUACAGUUUUUAACAGUGCGCGCACCCGUUGUAUCCAUGGAGCGUUGUAAACAAAAAACAAUGUAUGAAGUGGGCGGGUCCGUUAAAUCGUAUAAUUAUUAAACAUAAUGGCAGAGGGCGGAGAAGAGUUGCAGGAGAUCAACAAUUUGUUCAAUGAUCAUUUUGGUUUAUCAAAUACAAAUGAGACACCAUUACCUGACCAUGAUAUUUGUAUAACAGAGUCCGAAGACGGCGACACAUCGAUAGGAAAUGAAAUUCUGGUCGCACAAUACCUUGACCAAUGUUCUAACGAUAAGGAAAAUGAAAAUCCAUUUAUUGAGUGGGAUAGUUGUGUUCUUUUUAAACAUUGUAACUGCGAAAAUAAAUGCAUAGAAAAAGUUAGUUCUUCCGAUAUUAAUGACCAUAUCUUAUCUAUUAGAGAUAUGUUAAAGGAAGAAAAAGAACAAUUAAUUAUGACUAUUUUAAACACAGUAAAAAUAUCAGACGCUGACACCAGGAGUGGCUCGAGAAAGCGCCCCACUUACUUGUAUUGUUUUGAAGGAAAGAAAAUAUGCCGUCAGGCUUUCAUGAUAUUAUAUGACAUUACAGACUUUUCUCUGAGAGCUUUAUGCGAACACGUACAUGGUCAUGGCGUAUCUCCACGUAAACAUGGCAAUACUGGACGAAAGCCUAUUCAUGCUCUCGAUUUUGACGAUGUUAUGAAAAUAGUGACAUUUUUACGGUCGUAUGCUGACGAGAAUGGCUUACCACAGCCAGCUGCUCCGAGAGGGCGUGGUGAUCUCCCACCCAUCUAUCUACAUUCAUCAUUGACAAAGAAAGCCAUUCAUUCUAUUUAUGUUGAGAGUUUACGAUCUGAGAAUGGAAAGUGUGUAAAAAGAACAACAUUUUGUCAGAUAUGGAAAGCUUGUGUGCCGCAUAUUGUAAUUGCUUCCCCACGUCACGAUGUUUGUUCAAAAUGUGAACAAUAUCGAAAGAAGAUUGUCGAUGCUGUGACAGAAUCUGAGAAGAUGGCCGCGACGUCAUCUAUGCAAACACAUAUUCAGCUAGCACAAGAAGAAAGAAAUCUUUAUCUGACAUUGAUUCGUCAAAGUAAGACAGCCUUAGAGACAGCCGCGUUGCUCGGCAAUAUACCUAGUACAAUGCAUUAUACAUUUGAUUUCGCCCAGAACGUCACGCUUCCGCAUCAUGCUCGUCAGAUGGGACCUCUUUACUUCUUGUCAUUAAAAAAGGUACAAGUAUUUGGCUUCCGCACCGAUGGAGAUCCACGCCAAUUAAUCUAUCUUUUUGAUGAGAGCCAGUGCAUCGGCGUAGACGGAAAGCUGUCACACGGUCCAAAUGCUGUAAUUAGUAUGAUGCACCAUGCUUUCCAACGCGUUGGUAAACAGGAAGAUUAUUGUUCAUUACAUGCUGAUAACUGCGCUGGACAAAACAAAAACAGAUAUGUGUUAGCCUAUCUUUCAUGGCGUGUAAUGACAGGACUGCACAAGAGAAUUGACCUACACAUGCAGAUUCCUGGUCACAGUAGAUGUCUUGUAGACGCUGGAUUUGCAAAUUUUAAGAGAUUAUACAAGCGAUGUGAUGCAGAUUCCUUGCUUGAUCUUGUAAAUCAAGUAAACAAGUCUUCAACUGUUAACGAAUCAGUGAGCUACCCAGAAUGGACAUGGUUUGACUGGAAGACAUACUUUAAUCAGUACUACAAAGCCCUACCGGGAAUUUCAUCAUAUCAACAUUUCAGAAUUGAGCACAAUAGACCUGGCGAGGUAACUGUGAGGAAAACUCCCGAUGGUGACGAAAGAUCGUUCAAACUCUUACGAUAUUCGGACACUACGUUCACUGCAGAACAAAUGCCACCUGUACUACAGCCAGGCGGCCUCUCAUUUGAAAGACAGAUGUACUUAUACAGAUCUGUACGUCCAUACGUGCGACAAGUUUCGCAAGAUGAAACGUGCCCGUUACCUACGAGAGAAGAGUAACUCUUCGCUGGAAAUACAAUAAAAUUAAUCUAUGUACUGAAAAUCUAAAAGUUGAUAAUAUAGUAUUUAUAGUGGAAAAAAGACUGUGUAAUUAAACACAUAUGGGAACGACGUUGUUAAUUAUUUGAAUAUUCAAUUUUGCAUGCAUUGUCUUAUUUGAAAAUAUUUUUCCAGGAUUAUUAUGUUAAGCAAAAUAAUUUUCCGUUUAGUCAAACUGACGUACUUUUUAACGACGUCGUACUUUUAAACGACGUCGUCACUAACGUCAACUUAAACGCCGUCACCAACAACAGGUGUGUGAUAAAAAAGUAUUAUAAAACAAGUUUUCAUCGUCCAAAAAUAAUAAAAUUUGUUUCAAAUGAUUCAGAAAAGAUUGCUUUUUGAGAAUAUUUGAAAAAGUGAAAAUGUCAAAUUUGACCACUAUGUUGGAAAUGUCAUGUCACGGC